UUCGAGUGUGUAUGUGUGUGUCUUGCGAGCUGACUCUGCAUGAGAAUGGUGUGUGUAGCCUUUCUGGAGCCCUCUUUGUAUGGAGGAGCAUGUGUGCCGUGUGAGAGACAGCGUGAGGAUGCGUGGUGGGCAGGUGGUGUUGUGAUCGGUGGAGUUUUCGGUGUACUAUCGUCGUGCCGUCUGCCUUCCCCUCUCUCCCUCCCUUUUGGUUAUCUUGUGAGGGCAACAAGCAUCCUGCUGGGAUGUCCACCACACCUUGUGCAACAGACGGGAUCCAAAGGGACACUUUGGAGCUAGACACGGAGCACGCACAGAGGGUCCCCGGGGCCGAGCAGGGAGGAGCCCCCACCCCCCAGGUCAAGCUGAAAGAAAGACAGAAGUUCUUUGAGGAGGCCUUCCAGCAAGACAUGGAGCAGUACCUGUCCACCGGAUACCUGCAGAUCGCUGAAAGGAGAGGGCCAAUAGGAAGCAUGUCGUCCAUGGAGGUGAACGUGGACAUGCUGGAGCAGAUGGACCUGAUGGACAUGUCUGACCAUGAGGCCCUGGAUGUGUUCCUGCACUCUGGAGGAGAGGACAACAGCGGCACCUCGCCUGUCGCAGAUGUGGAGUCCUUCACCACAGAGAUCAGUCUCCAGGUGCCCACCCAGGCCGAGCUGCGCCACAAGCUCUCCUCCCUCUCCUCCACCUGCACCGACUCAGCCAGCCAGGACACAGAGGCCGGGGAGGACGAAGACGAGGAGGAAGACGAGGAGGAAGACGAGGAGACGGAGCAGGGAGGCGAUGGGGGUGUUGGGGGAUCAGGGGGAGGAGCGAGGAGGAGGAGACGGCCCCCCGUGGUGGUGACCCUGGAUGAAGAGGAGGUGCACCCCGACACGGCGCUGGUGGACGGGGGGGAGGAGCGGAGCAGCAAAGACUGUGAGGCCAACAGGCCGAAGGUUUGAGGAGGACACAUGGACUGGAUUGAAACACACACACACACACCGAGCUGCAGACGGAGAAAAGUUAUAAUAUUGGCUUCCAUCUCAAAUGUUCAUGAAGAAAUGAAAAAUAAAUACACUGAGGUUGCACUAACUGCCAUAUGACCUUGCCUUAAAAAAAA